CGUUCGUAAAGAGAGAAGAAUCAUGUCUGAAGUUGUAGUUUUAUGAAUAUGAAGUAAUACGCAUAGGAAAUAUAGGAAUAUAAUGAUUGUAAUAGAAUAAUGGACGCAAACCGCUAUAAGCUUGUCAAAAGCAUCCAAGAUACCCGCGAAAAAAAAUCAGGUGGUUAAACAUUUAGAAUUCUUGUGUCAGAGUAUGAAUAUAUGUUUCUUAUGGCUUUUUGGCAUAUUUAUAAGCAGUAUCUUCGGUAAAAGAAUAAUUGAAGCUAAAUCUUUUAAGCACGAUAAAAAUAUUGGUACCGUUUUAUUCGAAAGAAACUAUUAUGGAAAGCAAUGCUGGACAAGCGAGGGAUUUACUAUGCUUAAUAGCCGGAAGAUGUUUCAAAAUAUUCUCCCCGAUGUGAAUGUUAUCGAUCCUCGGAAUGAUCAGUACAUAGUGCAUCUCAUGGACUAUUUUCACAUAUGCCUCGAGAGCGUACGGAGGCUGUCCGUGGGUAAAACGAAGCAUUUGAUGCUGAAAGCUUUGGCGGACACUCUGGGCGGUUAUUUACGAGCCUACAUCCUUCCCAUCACAAAGCACUCAUAUUAUGCCGGUAACAUCAAGUAUCGCAACGCGAAGAUGCUGUUCGAGCUCUUCGACGAGUUGAAGGCCUUCCUUCGGACAAAUGGCGCCGGCUGGUCGAAGUCUAGACAAGACUUUGGAAAUAUUAGAAUACCUUCCAUCAUAAUUACACCACCAAAAACGUCAGUUGCCUGCAAUGGGCUCAUUACGUACUCGGAAUGCCUCGGUGAUGAAAUAGCUUCAACACGUCAUUUUUUAUCUAGCAUCGCGCUGCCCUUCAAAACCGACAGCCUGCAAUCAUUGUACUCGGAAAAAUCAGCUUUCGCCCUCGUGAAGUACUACAUCGCCAGCGUGAAGUGCAUCACCUCGCGAUCGAACACGAAAACGCGCCUGCGAACGUUCAACAGAAACUUCUACACCUGGUUGCAACAAUCUGUACGUCGACACCUAGACGACGAGAAGUGGUAUCCAGCAUUCGGCGGUGUCCUCCGAGUAAUGGCUACCUUGCGAGAAUCAGAUAUUGGCGGCGAUAUUAUGAAGAGCAGAACAAGUGGUACUUAUCAAGUUAUGCCUAAAGUAGGUACGGGGCGUGCGAGUCAGAUGGAUGAGAGUGCACCGUCGUUUUACAAAGAAAAUUUAGACGACAGAACAAUGACGCUCGGACCCACGGAACUCGUGAUUAUAGCAAUAGUAUCUGUGCUGGUAUUGUGGUUACUGGUAGGUUUGAUUGUAGUGUGCUAUAGAUUCCUCACCAAGCCCUCCGAGGACUGUCCACCCUGCAAACCAAAGAUUACACCAUUCGCGGUACUCUACGAGAACGCGGAGUAUUGCCAGCCGGAUACGUGCCCCUCGAAGCCGUUGCGUAAGGGCGUGGUUGAAAAAUUGAAGGAAUGGUGGAGAGAUAGGUUUGGGCGAUGCCCAGGGGGAUGCCAGAAGCAGGCGGACGAGGAACGUUGCUUGGCUGCAAUCAGUUACAACAGCAAGGACGUCGUCAGUGAUAGCAGCAAAAUUUAUCCGUGGGCGAAAAAGAAAUACGCUAAAUCCACCUCCGCCCCGCAAUUAGGAAUGCCUAGAGGUCGUCCGAUUUUCAAAGUAAAUGAUUUAUGA